AUGCGAUUCCUCUGGACGUGCUUGCUGCUGCUCGUGCUCGCGAUCGCCGCGUCCGCCGAAGACCUCUACGAGCUCCUCGGCGCCAGCUCCGGCGCCACGUCGCAGGACCUCAAGCGCAUCUACCGCAAGCUCUCGCUCAAGUACCAUCCCGACAAGCAGGCGCCCGAGGACCGCGAGGACGCCAAGAAGCACUUUGUCAAGAUCGCCAACGCUUACCGCGUCUUGUCGGACCCCGAGCGCCGCGAAAAGUACGAUUUGUAUGGCAUCGCCGACGACCAAGGCUUCAAGAACUUUGACGAAGCGUACAAGUCGUCGCACGACAGCUACGAGGACACGCCGCUCAACACGAUCGCGCUCGUCGUUAUCUGCCUCCUCGGCCUCGUGCCCAUCCUCCUCAUCAAGGCCAAGGGCAAGCCCAAGACCGUCAACAACGCGCGCCGCGAGGCCUUGCUGGCCACGUCCAAGGCCAAGACGCCCAAGCGCUCGGCCAAGGCCGACUAA